AUGUCUUCAUUCAACCCACUUACCUCAAUUUUGAACCAAAACAAGUUAAAAGGACCGAAUUAUGUUGAUUGGAAAAGGAACCUUGAUAUUGUCCUAACUGCUGAAGGUUACAAAUUUGUAAUCACCGAGGAGUGCCCAGAAAAACCUGAAGAUGCUACUGAUGAUCAGGUUAAGGCCUAUAACAAAUGGGUUAAGGCUGAUGAGAUGGCGCGAUGUUACAUUCUUGUCUCUAUGGUAAAUGUUUUGCAACAACAGCAUCAAUCUAUGAGGUCUGCUUAUGAUAUGCUCGAAAGUCCCAAAGAGAUGUUCGGUGAGCAAAAUCGUGCAGCUAAGCAGACAACCAUGAAAGCCCUUUUGAACACUAAGAUGGCUAAAGGAUAA